GGGGUCCUUUUACGUCACACAAACAACGCCAGUUAGCUUGUAGCUAUUAUACAUGCUGCGGUUAUUUGACCGGUGAUUGAGGAAUAUUUUAACGUUGGAUGUGCCUAAGCCCAGAUUGCAUUGAACUUUUUGUGACCGAUCUCAUAUGGAUAAUUGAAAGUGGUGAAUUACGGUCUUAAUGAACAUGUGGAGCUCAGGCCGCCGUGUCCUUCAGGAUCUGUUCAGUCAGCCGGCUGUCAGGAGUUUCUCUCGGAGUCCUGCUCAGAAUACAGUUGUGGUGGAGCGCUGGUGGCAGGUACCCUUAUCUAAAGUAGGCAGUCCGCCAAGGCUUCACCCUCGAAGACACAGAAUCUACAAGUUGGUUGAAGACAUCAAACAUGCUCCCAAGGAGAAGAUGGAGCUCAUCCUGACUCAGACAGUACCCAAGCUUGGUGGACGAGGAGAUACUGUGUUUGUGAAAAAGUCUGUCGGCAGAAAUAAGCUGUUGCUCCAAGGCCUCGCAGUGUAUCCAUCGCCGGAGAACAAACAGAUGUUUGCUGAGGAGUUAAGACUUCUGCGUGAGGGGAAGCCAGAGGAAAGAAUCCAAACCCGCACUGGACAAUUGACAGUUGAGCUCCUUAAACGCUCCAAGUUAAAGAUAAUUAAAAUGCCCUCGGAUGAAUUCCAGCUCACUAAAGAGGUUGUCUGCAGGCAGUUUCAAAAGAAGCUGGGAGUUGUUGUGCCACUUCAUGCACUGAAUCUCCCGUUUGAGUCAGUCAAGGACUCCGGUGACUACUGGUGUGAAGUUACGGUUAAUGGAAUGGACACAGUUCGCAUCCCAAUUUCACUGGUGCCAUAUGAAGACCCGUCUGCAAGUUAUCAGCGACAGUUGAAAACACAAAUGCAGCAGCCACAGGCGACCACAGACGUCUCAGAACCUGCUGCUGAGGAGGAGGUUGCUGCUGCUGAUGGGGAAGCUGCUGAGGAGGAGGUUGCUGCUGCUGAGGAGGAGGUUGCUGCUGCUGAGGAGGAGGUUGCUGCUGCUGAGGAGGAGGUUGCUGCUGCUGAUGGGGAAGCUGCUGUGAAGGCCGUUUCUGAUGCUACAGUGGAAGCUGAAGCAGGUAAAGACUCUGGGAGUCAAGUUAGUGAAGCUGCAGCCUUAGGAGUCUCUGCUGAUCAAGAUGAAACUGCAGCAAGUACACAGAUGAGUCAAGACACAACAGCACCACCAAGUGACAGCCCGAAAAAAGAUGACUCCAAAUGAAGAUGUGCAUAAAACUGCAAUAAAUAUGGUUUGGCUAUAAUAUACAUUAUACUUGCA